AUGCAGUAUGUGCAAAACCAACUCUCUUCCAUGUGGAAGAAAGGAAACCAGGGGGAAAUUCUGUGCAAUAGCUGCACUGGUAAAGGCAGUGGCGGCGGGACUAGCUUUGCCAGUGCCUCGACCUCUCAACAGAAUAAUGGGGGCAGCACUAAGCAGUCCAAGCAGGAAAUCCACAGAAGAUCUGCCCGUUUAAGGAAUACAAAGUACAAGUCAGCUCCUGCUGUAGAAAAGAAGGUUUCCACCAAAGGCAAAGGAAGGAGGCAUAUUUUUAAGCUGAAAAAUCCUAUUAAGGCCCCGGAAGCCGUGUCCACCAUAGUGACUUCAGAAUCCUUAUUUCAUAAGGGACUGUACUAUCAGAUCGGUGAUGUGGUGUCUGUCAUCGAUGAGGAUGAUGGAAAGAUAUACUAUGCCCAGGUCAGAGGCUUCAUUCAGGAUCAGUACUGCGAGAAGAGUGCUGCUCUAACCUGGCUCAUCCCCACCCUCGCCAGUCCUAAAGAUCACUUUGAUCCAGCUACCUACAUCAUAGGACCGGAUGAAGACCUCCCCCGCAAAAUGGAUUGUUUGGACUUUGUCUGCCAUGCCCCCUCUGAGUACUUCAAAUCUCGCUCCUCUCCGUUCCCCACUCUCCCCUCCCGCCCUGAGAGGGGCUUUAUUUGGACUCGCAUUGGCCCUACUCCGGCAAUUACGAUAAAGGACACAGUCAGCAAUAAUGUAUAA